CGGGCGGCGCGCGGUGGCGAGCGGGGCGCAUCCCGCACACGGUGCGCUGCCACGGAGGGAGCGGGCAGCAUGUGCCGGCCUGCGCUCGCCCGGCUGCUGCUCCUCCAGCUGCUGCUGCUGAAGCUGUACCUCAGCAAAGGAGCCGUGAAGGAGUGCGAUAAGGACCAGUUCCAGUGCCGGAACGAGCGGUGCAUCCCCGCCGUCUGGGCGUGCGACGAGGACAACGACUGCUCGGAUAACAGCGACGAGGCGGAUUGCCCAAAGAAAACUUGUGCUGAGUCGGAUUUUGCUUGUGACAACGGCCACUGCAUCCCAGAUAGGUGGAAGUGUGACGGUGAAGAAGAAUGUUCUGAUGGGUCGGAUGAAUCAGAAGCAGCAUGCACCAAACAAGUGUGCCCAGCUGAAAAAAUUAGCUGUGGAGACUUAAGCAACAAAUGUAUCCCGUCGUCCUGGAGAUGUGAUGGGCAGAAGGACUGUGAAAGCGGUAUUGAUGAGGCUGGUUGUGCUCCUGCUUGUUCUCCUGAUGAGUUCCAGUGCAGUAACAAGACGUGCAUCUCCAUCAGCUUCGUGUGUGAUGGUUACAACAACUGUGGUGAUGGCAGCGAUGAAAGGAAAUGCUCCCCUCUGACCUGCAGCCCCAAUGAGUUCCAGUGCAACAACAGCGUGUGCAUCCCAGAGCUGUGGGUCUGUGACAACCAGGCAGACUGUGAGGACCAUUCAGAUGAGUCUGUAGAGAGGUGUGGCUACGAUGCCAAGGCCUUCAACACCUGUGCUGCUCACGAGUUCCAGUGUGGCAAUGGCGAAUGCAUCCUCCUUAACUGGAAGUGUGAUGGGGACGAAGACUGCAAGGACAAGUCUGAUGAGCAGGACUGCCCUCUGGUGACCUGCAGACCGGAUGAAUUUCAGUGCGGGGAUGGGACCUGCAUCCAUGGAGCAAAGCAGUGUGACAGAGUGCACGACUGUCCUGACAACAGUGACGAGGCAGGCUGUGUCCAAGAGUCAGCAUGUGAAAGUCCCAGCAAGUUUCAGUGUAAGAGUGGAGAGUGCAUUGACGGAGGCAAAGUGUGCGAUUCACAUAGAGACUGCAGGGACUGGUCUGACGAGCCUCUGAAAGAAUGUGGUAUUAACGAAUGCUCUGUGAACAAUGGUGGUUGCUCACACAUAUGCAAAGACUUGAAGAUAGGCUACGAAUGUGAAUGCCCGCCCGGAUACAAGCUUCUGGAUAAAAAGACGUGUGGAGACAUAGAUGAAUGUGAGAAUCCAGACGCUUGUAGCCAGAUCUGCAUUAAUUACAAGGGGGACUACAAAUGUGAGUGCUACGAGGGAUACGAGAUGGACACCCUGUCCAAGAACUGCAAGGCUGUAGGAAAGAGUCCCUACCUCAUCUUCACCAACCGCCACGAGGUCCGUAAGAUAGACCUGGUGAAAAGGGACUACUCUCGCAUCAUUCCCAUGCUGAAAAAUGUUGUGGCACUGGAUGUGGAGGUGGCAACAAACAGAAUAUAUUGGUGUGAUUUGUUCUAUCGAAAAAUCUACAGUGCAUACAUAGACAAAGCCAGCGACACAGCGGAGCAGGUGAUUCUGAUAGACAGCCAGCUGAACUCUCCGGAAGGGCUGGCGAUUGACUGGGUUCAUAAGAAUAUCUACUGGACGGAUUCUGGAAACAAGACUAUCUCAGUGGCCACUGCAGAUGGGAGCAGGAGGAGGACACUUUUUAACAGCGACCUCAGUGAGCCGAGAGCCAUUGCUGUUGAUCCCACACGGAGGUUCAUGUACUGGUCUGACUGGGGAGACAAAGCGAAGAUUGAGAAAGCAGGCCUCAAUGGUGUGGGGCGGCAAGUGCUGGUGUCUGACAACAUUGAGUGGCCAAAUGGCAUCACGCUUGAUUUGCUGAAUCAGCGUCUCUACUGGGUGGACUCCAAAUUGCAUUCACUCUCCUGCAUUGAUUUCAAUGGCAGCAACAGAAAAGUUCUGAUUUCUUCUGUUGAUGAUCUGAGCCAUCCUUUUGGCUUGGCAGUGUUUGAGGACAGAGUGUUCUGGACUGACCUGGAGAAUGAAGCAAUCUUCAGUGCCAACAGGCUGAGUGGCUUGGACAUCUCUGUUUUAGCAGAAAAUCUCAAUAAUCCUCACGACAUCGUUGUAUUUCAUGAAUUAAAGCAGCCCAAAGCUCCAGACUCCUGUGAGCUCAGCCCCCAGCCAAAUGGAGGCUGUGAGUAUUUGUGUCUUCCUGCACCUCACAUCUCUCCCCACUCCCCCAAGUACACGUGUGCCUGUCCUGACAACAUGUGGCUGGGUCCUGACAUGAAAAAAUGCUACAAAGAUCUUCCAACUACUCCAGCUACCACAGUGGUUCCUACAACCACAGCAUCUCAUCCUGUCACUGCCUCCACUGUGACUGUCACUGGCAGAGCCAACACCACCACCAUCAUCCCCAGAGCUGUAUCAGAAGCCACGACUGCCACCCCGAGUUCUCAUUCAACCACAUCCAUCCUCAUCGAUUCUGAGAUGACCACUGGAAACAGCAACUUGUCACAGCACUAUUCAAAUAAUGGCCAAGGCUUUGAUUCAACUGUGACAGCAGCUGUUAUUGGAAUUGUCAUUCCUGUUGUGGUUAUUGGCUUGCUGUGCAUGGGGGGAUACCUCAUCUGGAGAAACUGGAAACGGAAGAACACUAAAAGCAUGAAUUUUGAUAAUCCAGUAUAUAGGAAGACAACAGAAGAGGAAGAUGAAGAUGAAAUCCAUAUUGGUCGGACUGCCCAAAUUGGACAUGUCUAUCCAGCACGCGUAGCACUGAGCUUAGAAGACGAUGGGCUGCCGUAAGCACAAAGUUGCUGCUUCAACCAGAACGCACCGAACAAGUUUUCUUUGGAUCACAAAACCUGCUUCUUUAUUUGAAUCAUUAUUUAUGUUGCAGAAGGGUAACCACAGAGUUAUAAUGAACUGCAAACAUCCAAAGGAUGUGAGAGCUUUGUAUGUAUAAUCUUUUAUACACAUUUUAACUUGUUGCACUACCCAUUUGUGAUAGUCAAUAAGCAACUGCUGAGCUACUAACUCAAUGUACAUAACCAGCAGGCUGACGGUUCAGUAGCUACUGCUUUAUUUUAAGACUAUAUUUAUAGAUAUUUUGUAAAUAUACUGAAUAUGCUUUGUGGCUAUCCAUCAACAUAAGUAAAAUAAGUCCUGUACAGACCGUUUAGAAAUAUUUAUUAACAAAAUCUGGAUUAUAAGAUCUGAUCUGUAAAUAUAGUAGAGGGGUGAGAGUAUUUAUUUUUUGUAUGUUUGGCUUGCUGUGCAUAGAUUAUCUGUGUAUAUAUCUAUCUAGUCUAGAUAGAUAUAUAGGCAUAUAAAUAUAUACAUAUAUAUAAAUAUAUACAUAUAUUUUAAAACUACUGGGCUAUGUUUAUGAAAAUUAGGGAUAAUUGAAUUUUUACCAGGUGUCUGAAGUUCACUUUCAAAUCUAAAGACGCAAAGAAACAGCUGUACUGUAAGACAGCCAAUAAAUGACAGCCAUAACAAACAGGGCUUCUGUUUCCCAAAGUGGCCUGCAAGGGUUGCUUUCACCUUUUCCAGUUUAGCCAGCUUCACCUGCACUGCUUUGAGCUGUAGAGCUGUUGCUAACAGCAUUUCAGGCAGGGGCAGCUCCUACAGUGACCACAUUUUUCAUUCUGUACUGUUGCUUUUUACAGGUUGGUACAAAUCUGAUUUUUUUCAUUUGUUUCUAACAAUAAACCUAAAUCUUUUUCCCUCCAUUAGGCAUCCUGCUCCUCUCACAUGCAUUUAGAAUUAGCAAAAACAAAGGUUGAGACACACUCUUUCAGAUACCCAAAGUGAGCACUCAGGAAGGCUCAUCAGGAAAUAGUCCCACAAUAACAGAAGGUAAUCCCUUACCUUCUGGAUCCUUUCCCCCACUCUUUUCUUCAUUGAGAGUCUCAAUUUAGGAGGUACUGUGGGGCAGUGUCUUAGUGCAGCAUAAGUGGAAUUCAUUGAAGUGCAGCAGCUGUCAUCAAAGCGAAUGCCUGCACUGUGGAAGAUCUGACAUAACAGAGUGUGAGACAAGGUUCAAAACUCACAGCUCUAUCAAUAGUUGAUUCCUGGAAUUCAGUGGUAUCUGAAAAAAAAAAACAAAACAUCACAGAAAAAAGAGGUUGAAAGCAUUCUGCUCUGUUAGUAACUGCCUUUCAUUCUCUGUGGUUCCCAAACUUUGUUCCUCUCUCUCCUGCAGACCUCAAUAGCACUGUUACCAUCACCCCAUAAGACAGUGAAGAGUCUAAAUAUGCACCAUGUGUCCUAAGAGUUACAAUGAACCAAGAUUAAAAUAGUUGACAUAAUCCUGCUGCAGAAAUAGGCAAUAAGGAGUCCAGGCAUUCUUAAUUUACUCCUUUGAUGGCAGAAAGAUAUAUAAAUAUAUUUAAACAGGCUCCUCCUGCAGAAGAACAUCACCUUUGUGAUGGCCUGGGAUUCCAAGAUACUGCUUUAGGAAGGAGAAAUCAAGAACAGCCUCUUUUCUUGCUAAACUAGCCUCCCUUUUCUACACAGCUACUUCCCCCACCCCUUCAGUUCCAGUAGCUUAUUUAAGGUCUGUGCACUGAAAUGGAAAACAUUAAUGUAAGGCUCUGCUCUCAGGUUCACCAAGUUUCCUAUCAAACCACAGCAGGUGCCGAUUCUUCACCUCAAAGGGCACAAACAGGCAGUUAGGCCAAAAGCAAGGCCUUCUUCCAGCUGGUGUUUUUCACCUGUUCCAUGCAGCAGAGAGGACUGUCCAGGUCCUCCUCCCCCUCUCUCUCAUUGUGGUACAGAUUGCUGGUGUGAGCUGAGGGUAGCAAUGUUGUUUGGCAGGGUUGUUCAGAAGACCCUCUGCUUUUCUUAGCUCAUGCUGUGAGACUCCCAGGAAGUAGAUGAGUUAAGGUGAGUUGGACUUGAAUUCUUGACUGAGAAAGGAACAAGGUGUCUAAAGACCUAGGAUAGCACUCCCUUGCUUUCACUCAAACUACUCACUUCACAGCCUUUGUAGACAACAUCUAAAGAAUCAAGCACCCUUCUGUUCAAAUUCGAGAUUUUAAGGCAGUACAGAAGUGACUGAGAUUCUCUGUUACUGUUCCAAUGUAUGAAGCUGUGUCUGCAAAUUCAUGCACUGUGUGCAUGAAGAAAAACUGAGAGAAGGCUGUAUGUGACAACACUGUAACUAACAGACAUGUAAAUAGAUUUGGAAGUUCUACAGUUUUGAUACUUUUCUAAGAGGACGUACACACAAACCUGUAUAAACCGUGUAAAAAAGGCUGCAUUUUUUGUAAAUGAACUCAAUGUGCAGUGUUGAUUUCAACUAAACACCAAUUUUUUUUUUUUAAGAAAUUAUUUUAAAUAACAGUUCAGGUUGUUAGGAUGAUAUUUAACAUUGUGAACACUUCUGAUCCGUCUUGUCAUGUUGGAGUUCUGUUAAAGUAAGUUCUUGCUUGGUGCCUUUUGUGUUUCAGUUUUUGGUAUGGACAAAAGGACCAGGGAGGGGUGGGGAGGGAUCUGCUGUGUAACACGUGCUGUACUUACAUGAACAAGGAUUACUGAAAACCAAAUGAAUACGUUUGUAAAACAGUGCACUGUUUCUAUAGAAAGAUUAAAUUUUUUUUAUCUGCG